GUGAAGGCCAUGGUGACAUCAAGAACGCCUACAGUCGCGGCGCUCCCUGCUGCUCACGAGAAAGAGGGGCGGGAACACGACAACGAACGGCUCUAGUCUGUGGCUGUGCACACACAGGGCAGGCCAACAGACAGGAAUGCGCACAGGAACUUGCUCCCGAGGGCGUGAAGUGACGUGCGUGGCAUCAUACCCGUCGCAGAUGCGUAGCGGAGUCAGCGCCUGGGACCCACCCCUCUUGCCGUAGGACCCCCGCAGAUGGAACGGGGUUUGGCCCUUGCUGCGGGCCUCGAGGCGGAGGAAGGUCUCGUCGGUGGUGAUGGAGUCCAUCUUGAUGAAGAAGAAGGUGGGCUUCUUGUAGUAGGGGAUGUGACGGAUCUUUUCACGGAUCCUGUCGAUGUCUAGCGGUCUCUGGGGCCUUGGACGCUUCAGGAAGUGUGCGACCCAGGAAGCGAUCAAGUUCUCGUACGUCAUGGUGCCCUCGACAACGCCGACAGAGGUCUCAGACGGCUUCCUGCCUCUCACGAGUAGAGGGCGGGGGCAGACGACAACGGAUGCGUCUACUCUGUGGCGGUCCUCCUCCCGUGAUGACAUCAGGGGGAAAUCCAAAGAGGGAAAGGCAGAGAAACAAUUGCGUCCCGGCAGAUGCAAAUGGGC